GAUUUUAUUAGGCCAGACGUCGCUGACCAAACGGGACUGUGGCUUUUUCAUUCAUUGGAAAGAAUUUGGAUGAAGGAAGGAAAUCCAUUCAAUCUUGACGAAUCUGAGCAUUUAUUUUAAAUUCCAGAAGCACUUCAUUAUAUUCAAUCUUUAAGAUACCCACUGUUCCAUCGAUUUCAAUCAGUUGUUUCCAGAAAGUAGAAAUUUAACCGGUUAUUGUUGUCCUUAGUAGGUCUAGUUAAUCUUCUGCGUCAGCCGUCCGUAGCAGUUUUUCACUGUCCUCAGCUCGGAUCCCGCGUAGACUUCUCCCCGAAAAUGCCCCGCGGAGGAGCAGUGACUGCUGUUCGUCGGCAGCCGACAGAAGCUAGAAUAAGGACAAUUUUGGGCAUGUCACCGCAAGGAAUUCUCCCUGACUUUUCGAACCAAUCAUUGUCGUCAGACAUAACGAAUGUAUCGUCAAAUAUUAAGGAAGAAAUUGAUCAAGAAAUAGUGGACGUUGUUGGGUUUACGCCGGAGUUUGACUCGACAAAAGGAAUGAGACCUCAACUUGGGAGACCACCAGCUAAAAGGAAACUGGAGCUGGACUCUGCCGCUGGUCGAUCAUCAAAUGUUGCUUCUAGUACAGCUUUCAAGACACCUAGUCCUAGACCCUCAGCAAAAACAAAAAAGACAAGAGCGCCCACAAGGUCACCCAUGGAAAAGUCCCGAUACGACACAUCAUUAGGUCUUCUAACAAAGCGAUUUGUUGGUCUACUAAGAGGAGCACCGGAUGGUGUCCUUGACCUGAAUAGAGCAGCAGAAGUUCUUGAAGUCCAGAAGAGGAGAAUAUACGACAUCACAAAUGUAUUAGAAGGCAUUAAACUCAUUACCAAGAAAUCCAAGAAUAACAUCCAAUGGAAAGGUGCUAAUAGUUCUGUAGCUGUUCAUGCUGGUUAUGUCAAUCCACAAUUAUCGGCAGAAACAGUCAAUUUACAUUCAGAAUUGAAUGAUUUAGAGGCUCAAGAGAAGCGAUUAGAUGAGUUACUAAGGAAUGCAUCCACGCAGCUGAAGACCCUUACAGAAGACCCUGAUAAUGCAAGGUAUGCUUAUGUAACUUAUCAUGACAUUCGAGGAAUUGAGAGCUUUGAAGAUCAGACAGUGAUAGCAAUCAAGGCACCACCUGAAACAAGACUAGAAGUUCCUGAUCCUAAAGAAAGCUCUAAUAUUCAGAUAUGGCUGAAGAGUACAAGAGGACAGAUUGAGGUCUACCUGUGUCCUGAUGAUAAUCCAGAUGACAGCAGUUCAUCAGAAUGUGAAGCUGAAUCAAAGAAUUCAUCACCAUGCAGCUCAAAGGGUGACCCUGCAUUGAAAGCCACAGCCUUAGAAGAAGAUGAUCUAUCAGCGUUGAGUAGGAGCCUACUAUUAGAGACUGAAGAUCAGAAUGGUUUGGAUGAUGACUUUGUUGCCCUUUCUCCUCCAGCUGUUGAUGACUAUCUCUUUGCUUUGAAUGAUAAUGAAGGAAUCUCAGACCUCUUUGAUGCCUAUGAUAUAUUCUAAUAGCUAUAUGAAUUAUUAGUUUGCAUGUUUUAAUUGUUUGAGAGUUUAAGAAUUUUAUUUGGGUUCCCAGCCAGCUUCGAUAUCAGGGAAGGUUUGGAAUUCUAGUUUUGGGAAAUAGUUGAUUUUUAAGAAAUACCACUUAUUUCAGGGAAAAUUGAAUUGAUUUGAUAAUGUAAUAUGCUGAAUAUAUUCCAAAAAUGAAUGAUUCUGUAUCAGUGUAUCAUCUCUAUUUUGAAGAAAACUGAAAAAAUUAGAAAUGUUUUAAAAGAUAAAUGGGGGAAAAUAUGGAUAAGUAAUUAGAAUCUGUUGAAAUAUUCAGAGAUGUGACAUUGGUUAUCCUACUACUGCAAAUGAAGUACUUUUUUUUAUAAAGUACAUUCAUCUUUUAAAGAAGUGGAUGCUUAUUCUUGUAUAGAAUUACAAAUUCUCCUUAAAGAAUAUACCUUCCAGUGCUGGGAAUUUGGUUUGUAAAGAAUGAGUAAUAAAUUAUUAUGAAAAAAAUGAUAAAAAAAAGAAAAAAUUAUUGUUAAUCUUGUAAGAAUUUCAAUGUCUUAAUGAAUGAACUAGGCCCAUGCCUUACUAUGUAUAGGAUAUAUUCAUUAUCUUGUUCACCUUGAUAUUAAUGUCAUAUGCUGUUUUUUUCACCAAAAUUGAAUUAAUAACCAAGUGAACCUGAACACUUGACAAUCUUGGUUUCAAGGGAUACUAUCAGAAAUACAUUUACUAUUUUGAAGUUUCUGUGAAAUAACACUAAAAACAAAUUCUGUAUUAUAUUUUCAUGCCAUUCCAUGAUACAUUCUUCUUUCUACAAAUACGUUCUCAUUUCUAUCAUUCCUAUUUAAAGUUUGACGGGGAGGGGGUGUGUGUGAUCCAUUUUUUGUGCUAAAUACAUGCAUGAGUUUUCCCUAAUGAUUUAACAUAGUCAAACUGGACCUCCUAUUACCAUCAUGUUAUCAACAAGAAUACUAACUGGAGAAAUUCUUUGAACAGAUAAAAUCUGGAUAACUUGGUUGGUAGAGCACGAGUCGUGCAAGGGUCCUUGAUUCAGUUCCUGAUGAAAGCGGUUUUAUUUUCUCACCCUCUUUUUCUAAUACGAAAAUAAUAGCAAAAAGCAAGUUAAUAUGUGGUACCUUAUGCCUAAUUCUAGGUAUUCCAUUCACCUAAAGGCUAUGACUAAUGUAUGAACUUAAAAGUUAGUCUAUAACCGUUUCCAGUUGUCAUUCUGGUAAGUCAUUAACAAGCUCUCAAUCAUUUAACAGUUUCUCAUUAAAAGAGUGUGUGUAUCUGGUGUAUUGAAGUAUGAGAUUGAAAAAUGUAGUGACAGAGCAGCAUACCAGAGUGUGGUAUUCUUGAAUCAUUUUGAUUGAUGGAUUAAAGGAAAAUAGAUCGAAAUCACUGGUGCAAAACAAAACUAUCCACCAAGUAUGAAGUCUGUAAUACUAAUAACGUCCAUUUGCUGCAAUGUAAUAUUUCUACAUACGGUAUGCAUUUUCUUAAACAAUGGAAUUUUUGUUUUGAACAAGUAUCAGUGCCUUGUGUGAUAAGAUGUUGAGUAUGCAUCAAGUUGCCUAACUAUACACAAUUCCAUGAAUUACUAGUACUAUUCAUUAAAUAAUUGCCAAUUCAUGUCUUAAAUUGGUGCUUCAUUUUUUUUAAUGAAAUGCUGUCACUGUUUUGAGUGCCUGUGCUAAAAGCAUCAAUAAUUGUACUCAAUGCAAAACAGUAAUGAAGAUUCUUUGCAAUCUUAUUUUUUCAAUUUUAUUACUGUGUAAUGAUUACAUAAUCUUUAUUUCUUCAGCAUUCAAUUUUUCUAUAUAAAUGGUAAAGUUUGUCAUACUUUCAAUCAUCGGCUAUUCAAUAUAUGAUGCAAUUAUGUCUUAGAUUCAAAUUACGUAAUGUUUCCCACCCAUCAUUAUGUUGCCUCUAUAUCCUCUGUGCCUUAAAUAAUUACUGAAUGAGGUAACAUGUACAUGUAAACAAGUUCUAUUAUUGAAUGAAGUAUAUUGAUGUCUGCUCAAAGAUUCACAUUAACUUAGCUAAUGUAUGCUACCUACAUUGUAUUUUUUUACAUGUUAUGUUGUUUACACACUGCCGUCUACUCAUUUGUCUUUAUUUUAAGUCAUCAGGAAAGAAUCAGUACUUUUUUAUAUCAAGCAAACUCAGUAUUUGAUUCACAUGACAUGGUGCAACAUUGUUCACUUGUUCUAUGUAUCAAUUGAAAUUAUUUGAAGACAUUGGUUAACGUUACAAAGGUCUUUAAAAAAUGAAUCCUGAACUUUGAUGUGUGGUUAAUUUAAUGGUUAAUUUAUUAUUGUUCAUAUGGAAUAUAAAAAAAGCUAUCCAGGAAGAAUUAAUGGAGAUACUUUGAAGAUAUCUGUGACUGGAAACUCAUUUAAUUUUGAUGCUUGGGUUCCAAUUGUUACACAGGUUGUAUAUCAUGGAAUUCAAGUUGGAUGCUGUCACUUUAGUUUUCACCUUUUUGAACAAUUAAAUAAUGAUUUCCAGGUGCAACUUAUUUCAAGGCUUCAUUUUUCUAACAUAUCACAGACACAGAUAAGAAAGAAGACCUUACAGCUCAAAUUAAUGUUAGCCAAUGCCUUUAAGAGUGAAUUCUAUGUAAUGCUGGCCCCAUAUUGUGUUGUCGCUGGAUCGAUGCAGGAUGUACAGUUCAUAUAUACAUUUAUUAAUUAAAGAUGAUUACUUGAUGAUAAUGACAAAUACAUGAGUAAGUCUGAUGGUGACUAUACUCUGGAGAUGAAGAUCAUAUAAAUGCUGCAAACUGAUGUAGUAUACUUUUCUGUAGCUCACAAUAUACGCAGGAAGAGAUCUGUUUCUGCUUUUGACUUCAUAUGAAAAGGAGAAGUAUUCUGAAAUUAUCAUGGGGUUCAUGCAGUAAAGUAAACAUGGAAAAAAUGUGAGUCAGAGUAGCAAUUGGGUUGAAUUAUUUAUGAAAUUAACCUAAGCAGCAUUAAAUUGUGAGUUUGAUGAGAAAUAUUAACAAAUACUUGGUAGGUUUUUCCUCCUAAAGCACAGGAGGCAUGAGAGGAUACAAGUCUUAUUCAAACUACAAAUUCAUGAUGUUAAAUGAAAUUCUUCUUAGCAAGUUUACUCUAUGUUAAAACGAACAUUGCUUGUACCCAUCACAUUAUCUCCGUAAAUGUGAUGGAAAUGUUGAUCAAGAAAUGUUUGCCAUUGAUUAUAUAUUGUAAAAGGAAAAUAAUGCAAUAUGAACUGAUAUACAGUUUUUAUAUCUGAUUCAUCAUUGGUAGAGUUUAUUGUUAGAAGUUCUUUCACAACAUUCCAAAUUAUUGACAAUAAUUUUUUUCUGAAGUGAUAGAUUCAUGUCGGAUAAAAGGGGAUUAUUAAAAUGUGAUUCCAACAUGCUUUUUGCAUGAAUGGGAUCAACUUGUUUAUAUUAAGAUUUUCUAGACAGUAGACACUUUUAACCCUAUUUUUUUUGCCUUAAUUUAUUAGCAUGAGAACAUUUUUUUUUUUGGGGGGGGGACAGUACAUACAAAAAUUUCUGACUGGGUAAAAGUGAAAAUUUAUCGCAUUUGACUGAAGAGAAAAUAUGCAAUUGUGUCACUAACUAAAUGACUUUGUUAGGAAUGUAGAGUGACAAGUGAUAUGUGCAGGAAAAACAAUACUUGUUUCAAGAAUUUUCCUCAUAACACAUUGGAAGGAACACAAGGUUUAUAUCACUUAAAGUGAUGAAUUAAAAUUAUGUGGUAUAUGAUUUUUACCACCUGGUUAUGUAUUUUGAUACAUAGAUGUUUUUUGAGGUACGGAGGAGUAUGUGAGUUUCAGGUUUAUAUGAAAGUUGUUACUGUAUAUGUAUAGAGUUUGUAUUGUUAGAUGUCUCUUUUGAAAAAUAAAACCAUAAAAAGGAUUAUGGACGUGAGAAAACAUCUAAACUAACAAUUUA